AUGGCGAGAGCUGCGUUGGUCCUCCCUGCUGCUCUACUGCUGUGCCUUGCAUUGGCCGACCGUGCCGAUGCUGCGAGGAAGAUGGUUGGGGUCUACGAGCUCAAGAACAAGAAGGGGGAUUUCUCCAUCAAGGUCACCAACUGGGGAGCCACCCUCAUGUCUGUCAUCGUUCCUGACUCCAAAGGGAACUUGGCUGAUGUCGUCCUUGGGUAUGACACUAUUGCUGAGUAUGUGAACGGUUCUUCUUACUUCGGGGCGCUGGUCGGCCGCGUGGCCAACAGAGUCGCCAAGGGCCGCUUCGUGCUCGACGGCAAAGCCUACCGCCUGUACAUCAACGACGGCAAGAACGCACUCCACGGUGGCCACAGGGGUUUCAGCAAGGUCAUCUGGACGGUGAAGGAGUACGUGCCUGACUGCGACUCCCCUUACAUCACCUUCUACUACCACAGCUUCGACGGAGAGCAAGUUAGUGCCGAUGAUGAUGAGCUGACUUUGCACUUGUUCGAAUCGCAUCGCAUCGUGCUGCACAUGCUGACGCUCAAAUCAAGUGCAGGAUUCCCGGGCGACCUGGACGUGUACGUAACGUACCAGCUGUACAGCCCCUACGACCUGAGCCUGCACAUGAACGCGACGGCGCUCAACAAGGCGACGCCGGUGAACCUGGUGAACCACGCGUACUGGAACCUGGGCGGCCACGGCAGCGGCGACGUCCUGGGCCACCUGAUCCAGGUGUUGGCGUCGCAGUACACGCCCGUGGACCAGUCGAUGAUCCCGACGGGGAAGGUCGCGGGCGUCGCCGGCACGCCCUACGACCUGCGCCGGCUCACCCCCGUCGGCGCCCGCAUCAACCUCGCCUCCGGCGGCGGCGCGGUGGGUUACGACCUCAACUACGCGGUGGCGGUGCACGGGCAGGGGGAGUUCACGCAGGUGGCGUUCGUCCGGGACCCGGCGUCCGGGCGGGCGUUCGAGCUGUGGGCGAACCAGCCCGGGGUGCAGCUCUACACCAGCAACUGGCUCAAGGACGAGAAGGGCAAGGGCGGCAAGGUGUACCAGAAGUACGGCGCGCUGUGCCUGGAGACGCAGGCGUUCCCCGACGCAGUCAACCACCCCAACUUCCCGUCGGAGAUCGUCAGGCCCGGCGGGGUGUACAGGCACGACAUGCUCUUCAAGUUCUCCUCCUAA